UAAAGGCAACCCUGCUGCCAGUUCUUUAAUGUUAUUUUACUGGGAAAUUCUUAACACUGUGGGCAUUUAACUUCCAUUAGGCUCACAAAUAGCUUAGGCUACUAAAAAUCCCAUUAUUGAAAUGCUUCAUUGAAUUUUCAAUAGAGUAAUUCCUUUUUUUUUUUUCUCUGAAAGGAGUUUGGCUGCAGUCUUGGGAUGUGUUUUGUACUUAAUUGCCCUCCUCCUCCUGAAGUAAAGCUUCACCCUGAGGGUUAAGCAGCAUGUGACUGGCUCAGCAGAGAGGAAGGAGGGGUACUUUGGAGAAAACUCCCAAAGAAUUUAAGUCUGUGAAACUCUUGGGCCUUACCCACUUUAUGUAUUCGACUUGUGAAGUGAAACCUUUGCGUAAUGUGGCCACUUACAUUCAUUAGUUUCCUGUUGUGUUUCGUACCCACCUAUCAACAGUUCCCUCGUCUGUGUGCCACCCAGGAGGCCUUGCGAGCGAAGGAGUGCUGCCCGGCCUGGGAGGGCGACGGCUCGGCUUGCGGAGCCAGCUCGGGUCGGGGUUUCUGCCAGGAUGUGGAGGUGUCUGACCAGCCCGACGGGCCGCAGUACCCUUUCUCCGGGUUGGACGACAGGGAGAAGUGGCCCCUUGUUUUCUACAACCGGACUUGCCAGUGCGCAGGCAACUUCAUGGGGUUCAACUGCGCCGACUGUAAGUUCGGCUACUUCGGAGUGAACUGCAAUGAGAGGAGAGAGUCCCUCAGGAGGAAUAUCUUCCACCUGUCCAGGGCCGAGAGGAUCCGCUUCGUGUCCUACCUGAACUUGGCCAAGCAGACGACCAGCAGGGACUACGUGGUGGCCACCGGGACCUACCGGGAGAUGGAGAACGGCUCCAACCCGAUGUUCGCCGACGUGUCUUCGUAUGAUGUGUUUGUGUGGUUGCAUUACUACGUGUCCAGGAACGCGCUGCUGCUGCUAGGCGACGGGUUGCCUGGGAACGUGUGGACGGAUGUGGACUUCGCGCACUGGGCGCCCGCGUUCCUGCCGUGGCACCGCGCGUACCUGCUGCACUGGGAGCACGAGAUCAGGAAGCUGAGUGGAGAUAUGAGCUUCAGCAUCCCGUACUGGGACUGGAGGGAUGCGCAGGGGUGUGACGUGUGCACGGACGAGCUGAUGGGAGACCGGAGUCCACAGGAUCCGAGUCUGCUCAGUCCAGGAUCCGUCUUCUCUUCUUGGAGGAUACUGUGCUCCCGAGCAGAGGACUACAAUGACAGAGGUGUGUUGUGUGAUGCCGGGCCAGAAGGCCCAUUGCGUCGUAACCCUGGAAACCAAAAUCGGAACGUGGUUCAACGCUUACCAACUUCAGCAGAGGUGGAGUUCACUCUCAGUCUGACCAACUAUGACACCGGAGCCAUGGACCGCGGCGCCAACAUGAGCUUCAGGAACACUCUGGAAGGAUUCGGGGAUCCUCAGACUGGGUUAGGAAACAGCGCUCGUAUGGGCAUGCAUGCUGCUCUCCACGUGUUCAUGAACGGAUCCAUGUCGUCAGUGCAGGGCUCAGCAAAUGACCCCAUAUUCCUUCUCCACCACGCUUUUAUUGACAGCAUUUAUGAGCAGUGGCUCAGGAGGCACAGACCGUCUCCAUCACAGUAUCCAGACUCUGAUGCUCCUAUAGGGCACAACAGUGAAUACCACAUGGUGCCCUUCCUGCCCCUCCACAGAAACAGAGACUUCUUCAUCUCCAGCAAGGACCUGGGAUACGAAUAUUCCUAUCUACUAGGUGCUAACCAGAGGCUAGCAGAGUCCAUGCGUCCCUACCUGGAGGAACUGCAGGAUGUGUGGCCCUGGCUGCUGCUUGCAGGGCUCUGUGGAGGUAUUGUGGCAGUGACCAUAGCUGCUGCCGUCCUAAUCGCAAAACGGCGGUACGGCGGGACGCCAUGGCUGCAUGUGAGCAAGUGGAAAAACGUAUUUGCUCUCCCAGAAAGGCAGCCACUUCUCUUGGGCAGUGACAAGAAGGAAACCAAACAGCAUAACUACCAAACAGCUAUCUGAAGGCACAGCCAGGAUACAUUAUAUUGACUAAUUGUAAUCACUGUUAAUGGCAAUGUAUUUAAACUGUAUUAAAAGAGUAAAAGAACUGUG